CAAAAUUUUAAUAAUUUAAGAAAAACUAAAUAAUUGAGCAAUCAAAUGGAUAAUUAAAAAUAAAAAACGACAAAUAAAUCAUCUUUUAUAGUGAUUUAUCUUCAUGGAUUUAAAUCUUCAGGUUACUCUCCUAAAACAGAAUUACUAAAAUAGGAAUUUGCAAAUUUUAUAUCUCCAUCUUUGCCAAUAUCCCCAUUUUUGGCUUGCGAUACUAUUGACUAGCUUAUUUAAAACUUUAAACAGUUUUAUUAAUAAAUUAUUCUGAUUGGAAGCUCAUUAGGAGGAUUUUAUGCUCUAUCUUUUUUAAAUAAAUAUCCAGAUUUAAUUAAAGUAAUAUUAAUUAACCCUUCUGUGCAUUGUGAAUAAGCUCUAUCAAAGCACUGUGGUAUGCAUGUUGAUUUUAGAAACUUUAAAUUUGAGUGGAAUCAAACCCAUGUUGAGGAACUUGAAAAAAUAAAAGCUAAUUAAAUAGAUAUUGAACUUUAAAAGAGAAAUAUACUUUUACUUAUAUAAAAAGGUGAUAAGGUUAUAGACUAUAAAGAAACACUUUAGUUUUUACCUUAAGCUUAAUUAGAUAUAGAAGAAGGAGGAACUCACUAAUAUGAAAAUAUAUAAAAUAAAUUUUAGAUUAUGAACUAAUUUAUUCAAUCUUGA